UUUCUCUGAUCUUUUCUAGCAUCUGUAAGGUACUCAAACAUAAACAUUCAAAAUCAUUCAAAGCCUGCAAAGUCCAAACAGCAAAGCAUAAGCUGUCGCUUCUUCUUAGAUACAGUUCUUUUUAGAUUUGAAGCAACGGUUGGGCGUUGGCGACGAUGAUGAUGUCUCUGUUCAGUUCGUUCGAAGCCCUUUGGGCUGAUUCUUAUGGCCAGAAGAUGAAGUUCUCCGGCUCCACCGAACAAGCGAAACCGAAGAAAGUAUCUUGCCUAGAAGGGAGCAAGAAAGAGACAGACAAGAACUCAUCAUCGCCGGCUAACAUUAAGAAACCUCAACAACUUUUGAGGCCGAGGUUUGCGGCGGAGCUCGACGGAGUUCACUGUUUCGAGACAAUUAUCCCAUACUGAGAAAAUUACUUUACAACACAUCUACAAUUUGAUGAUCACCCAAAUUUGUUUUACAAGUCUUUCGGCAGUAAAAGUCUUCUUCUUCAUUUGAAUAGUAUUUCUUACGUGAUACUAAAUAGUACAAGGAUGAAUUCCUUUUACUCCGUUCGACAAUUCGGUUUCUUUUUUAUUGACUUUUGUUUUUGCAUCCAAAGUAGCAGGAAACCUGUUAGAAACCAAUCCAGGCUGCCAAAGUUGCAGUAAUCAAGGAAACACAGACUGAUUUCGAAAGACUAAAUUGAAAUAAAAUGAUGCAGUCCCCAAUCCUGGCUGAGUGUUUGAUUUUGCAAAAUGGAUAUUGCAGAGCUUGGGUUGAAUAGCUUCCUUAAUGAGAGCAACAACGUGAUCAGCAGUUUUGGGUGUCCCACCAAAUUUUCUGCAAUUCCUCUCCGUUGGAAUAAAUGAUUGAUUUAUCGUCGUGACAAAGCAAGAGCAGAGGGAGAUAAAACUUCAUCAGAGAGACAUUAAUUCUAAUUAAAAAGCUUUUAGACAUCAAAAGUCCAUCCAAAACCAACUUGAUCCACUUUCUCCAAUUUAGAUUUAAAACCUGAUAAGUUCACACUAAUCCAUUGAGUUUUCAAAAUUAAUUAUGCUUUGUUUUGUUAAGAAUCGAGUGGAAAAUUUGUUUAGAACUGCUGAGUUCACUGUCAGAUCAUAUCAAACUUAAUUACUAUCACGUUUUCUACUUCGAGCCUUUUUCUUUUGUUCAAAGAAAUACAAAGUCAUCUCUUUUGUCUCUCUCGUAAAGUGCCCCCACACCGAAAGGACCAUUGAUUAAAGCUCAAACUGAAAAUGACAAUACAUCACUCACUUGAUUCUUCUUGUAUCACGUUUUUCAUUUCCUCCGGCUCUAAUUCUCUGACAGGAAAUGAAUGUUACUAGUACCCAACUCUAAAGAUGUAUUUGGCAUUGUGAUUAGUCAUCAACACUUCUUACCUUACCAAGCUACCAUAGGAAAAAAUUGUCACUGGAAUUUUUUUAUGUAAUAUAUAUUUUAUAUAGGAUUUGCAAGUUGCUUUAAAGGCCCCGUGUGAGAGGGGAUAAGGAGAUGAUGAAGCAAAAGGCAUAUAUGAGGUCGGCACGCUCCACAUAACGUGGCUUACUUUCAUUCCAUCAAGCUUCUGCUGCAAUAGCCUGGGUACUGGAUAGGAUUAGUCAAUUAUUUUAGACCAUUAGCUUCUAUGAAAAGUGCAACAAUUGUUUACUCUUAUGUCUUAAAUAUCUAAGCUACAACUUAAGUCGGUCCCCUUCUAGUUUUGGAUAUGCCACCAUUGAGCUUUUAUCCAACGGAUGAUCAGCUUUCUUCUUUGUGGAUAAGUAAAGAUCAAAAAGCACUGGUUGUAUCGAUAUGUCUUCUUUUGUAAAUACAAUGACCCUAUAAAUACUCUUAAGGCAACGGGGGUAAUAAUCAUUCUUUCAUUCCCAAUUUACUCAUUCUUUACUUCUCUUCAUCACCAAGGCGCCCACAUUCCUUGCUUUGCUUUUAUCUCUCCCCAAAAGAAGUUUAUUUAUCAUUAGAAACCCAAUUCUUUCUUCUCCAUCAUCCAAAAACAUAAGCAGCCUCUAAGACGCGUACAAAUGGCUGUGGCUACAAUCUAUGCAGCAAUCCCAGCUGUAGUUGCUGCUGCAGUCGGGAUUUAUUCUUUUGAUCGUCAUUCAGGAGCCAAGGAAUUUGGAGGUGGGAUUCGGUCAUCCAUCGGAAGUAUGCUGGCAAAACCAAGGCAAAAGCU